GACGGUCAGCAGUGAAGAGAGAAAACUCUCAGCCUGUGUCGUCUCGCCAGCCUCCCUCUGUGCUCACCUGUGAAGCUCCGACCCUCAAACCACUAACUCCACCUCCAACCUUUGUCAAAUGGACUCUUUGGCCCGGAUCUAGAUGACACUCCCCACAAUGUCAUCAGACAGUCAGAGAGAGGCAGGAGAGGGCUGGGACAGAGAGCAAGCCAAGCGAUUGGAGGAGAGGAACAGAUGGUUUGAGGGGGGAUCCCUUCAGAGAGAUGGGCAGCAGAUGGGACUCUCUGGAUCUGAGAAAGCCAGCGUACCUGUACCUGUCACUCACACCAUGGACGUGGACGUCAACAAUAAGCGCUAUCACUCAGGCACAGGUGGAGUGUCUGCGUAAGGAGCGUGUGGAGAUGGGAUGGAGGUGGAGGUGGACAGUCUGUGUGGCCACUGGGCCCCUGCGGCCAGCGUCUGGAGGCCAUGGAGGCGGCCCACCGCAGGGCCCUGAUGGAGCUCCAGGAAGAGGCCAAGCCAGGGAGGUCCGAGAGCUGCAGAGACAGAGACUGCUGCAGGAGGAGAGCCAGGCCACGGCACAAGCAGUUGAGGCCCUGAAGGAGGCUCACAGGGAGGAGCUGGAGAGGGAGGUGGAGAAAGCCAGAAGGAUGACUGAAGGGGGUGGCCAUAUGGAUACUACAUACAGAGGACAGACGCCCCAGGCUGAUGCCCUCCACAGUGAGUUGGACGUUCUGUCAGAGAGAUAUUCCCAGAAGUGCCUGGAGCUGAACCGGGCCGAGCAGAGAGGAGUUAGAGAAACAGAGCUGAGCUGGAAGGACAGAGAGAUGGAACAGCUCCGCAGAGAGAACCAGGAACUGCAGGCUCGUCUGACUGAGGAGAUCAGCCGCAUGCGCCACUUCAUCACAGGUCAGAGGUCAGGAAACGUCUCCCCUGGCAACUGUGAGCGCAGUCCCUCGGAAUUGGAAAUGCUGCUACGAGCAAAGGAGAUUGAGGCCGAGUACCUACAAAAAGAGAUUGGCUGUCUAAGGAAUGAAGUGCAGUCUCUAACUAAGGAGAAGCAGAGUUUGUGUGACCGCUACAAGGAGGGGUACGUGGAGCUGAUUGGGAUGAAGGGUCGCAGUGAGCUGGAGAUCAGGGAACUCAGGGAGCACCUCAGACUCGCAGCGCUGCAUGAGGGGAGAAGAGACACCUGA